UUGAUGGUGAGAGAAGGCCUCCAAUGGGAUAUAUUUAUGAGGCUAUGGAAAGGGCUAAAGAAGCGAUAGCUAAAGCUUUUGGUGGGAAUGAGGAGAAGUAUAAGGACAUCUUUGAGAUCAUUGAUAGAAGGUGGAAUAUCCAACUCCAUCGCCCUUUGCAUGCAGCAGGGCAUUUCUUAAACCCAGAAUAUUUUUAUAGCAAUCCAAAUAUUGAGCAAGAUGGAGAGGUGAUGGGUGGUUUAUAUCAAUGCAUAGAAAGAUUGGUUCCAACCAAUGAAGUGCAAGAUAAAAUUUCUUUGGAGUUGUGUAGAUAUAUGAAAGCUGAUGGUCUAUUUGGCUCAUCAAUUGCUAUUAGACAAAGAAAGUCAAGGGCACCAGCCGAUUGGUGGUCCGCAUAUGGUUCUACAACUCCUAAUUUGCAAAAAUUUGCUAUUAAAGUACUUAGCCUCACAUGUAGCGCAUCUGGGUGUGAACGAAAUUGGAGUGUAUUUGAACAUGUAAGUUUGUAG